AUGUCCAAAUUUCAGCUCAGUGGUACUUUAAUUGGCCAUGAACAGGACGUUAGAGACGUUGUAUCACCGUUUGAUGGUACAAUCAUAUCUUGUCUGAGAGAUGGAACUGUUCGAAUGUGGAGCAUACCAGACAGUGAUGGAGGAUGGGGUCAUGGAUCCCACUUAGAAGGAUCGAUUAUAUUUAAUUCCCCAAGUGGAUCGUUUAUGAACUGUGUUGCUUUUGUUGACAAUGAAUCUGAUCCAUCUGUUGCAAGUGCUGGGAAAGAUUGUAUCAUAUACUUGUCAGAUCCUUAUCCCUCAGAGAGGACAGCAGGAGAUGAGGAUUUGGGCAAAUAUCAAUUAAUUGGACAUGCUUCGAAUGUCUGUUCAUUGUUUUAUAGCCAUGGUGCUUUGAUUUCGGGGUCUUGGGAUACUACAGCUAAAGUAUGGGAUUUGAGUACUUGCUCUGUCAAGUAUGACUUGAAGGGCCAUCAAGCUUCGGUCUGGGAUGCCAAGAUCAUAGGAGAAUCAAGUUUUUUGACAUGCUCUGCCGACAGGACUAUAAAGAAGUGGGUAGGAAAUAAAGAGGUGGCAUCAUUCACUGGCCAUUCUGAUGUCGUAAGGAAGUUGUUAAUUUUGCCAGGUAAUAAACAGUUUGCAUCAUGCUCUAAUGACUGUACGAUUAAAAUAUGGGACUUAGAGACUGGAGCAGUAUUGAAAACUUUGGAAGGUCAUGAAUCGUUUGUUUAUGAUCUUAAAGUGUUGCCUAACGGUGAUUUAGUUUCCUCUGGCGAAGAUAGAACUGUUCGUGUGUGGAGAGACGGAGUUGCAAUACAGGUAAUUCGACUUCCUUGCAUUUCAUUAUGGUGCUUGAGUGUGUGUCCCAAUGGAGACUUUGUUGUGGGGGGAUCUGAUAAUUACCUUAGAGUAUUUACGAGGUCGCCCACUAGAGUGGCAUCGAAUGAAGAAGUAGCACAGUUGAAAAAGGACGUUGAGCAGUCUAGCAUUGCCGAGCAGUCCGUCGAUAAUCUCAAGAAGACAGAUAUUCCUGGUUAUGAAGCUUUAGAGAAUCCAGGUAAACAGGAAGGAUCGACACUAAUGGUGAAGAAUGCUAGUGGUACCAUUGAAGCACAUCAAUGGUCUGGAGGAGAAUGGAUAAAAAUUGGAGACGUUGUUGGAUCUUCCACGGACACCGGGAGUAAGAAGCAUUUCAACGGAAAAGAGUGGGAUUAUCUAUUUGAUGUAGAUAUUGAAGACGGUGCACCACCGUUGAAACUCCCGUAUAAUGCUAAUGAAAAUGCAUAUACUGCCGCCCAAAGAUUUUUAGCGGAUAAUGAAUUACCUGAAUCAUAUAACGAUGAAGUUGUGAGGUUCAUAAUGCAAAAUACAAGCGGCUUUCUGUUGGGGGAAGGGCCAAUCGACAAUCCUUACGCAGAUAGUACUACUUCUAAGAAGACUGCGACAAGCUCAACAUCUUUGAAGGUUUUGCCAAUAAAGCAGUACAUUAACUUCAAAGAUUACAAAGUAGAGCAAUUGGUCAAAGGUUUAAAUAAAUUAAACGGAGAACAGACCGAGACUGCUAGAUUUAAUGAUUCAGAGCUAUCCAGCAUUGCUUCCGAAUUGACAACAUUAACCUCGAAGCAAUCUUUAAGAAUAAUCACCCAAACAUGUGUCAAGAUUUUGGAAGAAUGGAGUGAAUCCAGCCACUUGCUCGCGUAUGAUUUAUUGAGAGUGAGUGUUCCGAGAGUAACUGCAGUUGAUUUAUUGAGCUCUACAGAAGUAGCAGAAGUGAUAUUGAAAUCAAUUCAAUCGGGCCUCAAGAUUGUUAAUCCCUCUACGAUUCCAAUUUUCAUGAUGUUAUUGAAGAUGCUCAACAACUUGGUUGGAAACACGCUCUUCAUACAGUUGUUUAUCGACCCUACAGAUGAAGGAAAGUACCAAUUCAAUAGUAUUUUUCAAGAUUUGUUACUGCAAAUCGAAAAAAUAUUAAACAGCCUUUCUUCAGAAAAGACUAAUAAACACUACUCUACAAUGACUACCACUUUAUCAACGUUCAUUUACAAUUUGUCAGUUUAUUAUUUGCAAACAUCAUUAUUAAAUUCGAGCAACAAUUCAGUUAUCCCCAUCACGCAAUUCGCUUCUGAUAUUGGUGAUGUUCUAAUCAAAUCUUGUCCCGAAGCUGCCUAUAGACUACUCAUUGCAUUUGGUAACUUCAAAUAUAGCAAAGUUCCUGAAACCAAACCUGCCUGGAUCUCUACUGCUAAGAGCCUUUACAAUGAAAAACGGUUCACUGACCUAUUCAGCGAUAUAGACCAUUUAUAG